CCUCAGGUGUAAAAGAAAAAUAGCCGGGAAAUUUUACCACUUUUUCCCAAUUCAGACGAACAAGUGUUCAAUUAAAACUUGUUUCAUUUACUUGACGACGUUAAUUUCCCUGCACUUUAUUCGAAGAGGCGGCGCAAACUUGACAAUUAUUCGACUUUCAACUAUAAACUUAACUUCAACCAACCUUUGCAAGUCAUGCAUUUAAGAACUAAGAACUAAAUUUCAGAUUGUAUAAAUGAAAUAAAACAUUUCAGACAGAAAAAAGCGACGUCGGUUUGAAGAAGAUGGCAGCAGAAACAGACAUAUCCGAAUACCAACUCAGGUACUGUUCUCCAAAUUACUCUUCGUCCGAGGACGACAGUGAUUGUGACUUGGAACAUUUUGUUCAACUUCCGAACUCAGCUCUCGGAAUGUCCAAAAGAGAUGACUCAUCUGAAAACAAAUUCACAACUGCUGUUCGCCAAUCAGAAGACGCGAAAAACAGAAACGAAAGUGCUUCGCAUGAUUGGAACGAUUUCCAGAGCUGUGAGAUAACGACGACGACAUUAAUCGACCUAUCAGAUUGCAGCCCGAAAAGUAUCAAAAACAUCAACAGUCACACCAACAAAAACAACGACAAUAAUAACAACAACAACAACCCUCAGAUGCAUCAAACGAGUGACGUCAGAGCAAUGACAAAUAAAAACUGCUCAGAGUUGUGCAAAAUUGGCAACUUCACUUUGGAGCGAGAAGAUUUCCCGGAGAAGGGUUUGAUAGUGGAGCGAUUCCAGUGCAAGCGACACGAGGGAACGACCCAUUUGUGUGAACGACACAUCGACACCCGGCGCGACCCCAGUAGCAGCCCCGAGGCCGAGAGAAAGACUCGGGUGGGGGGACCGACAGGAGGAGGAGGGGGGACGAAUAGGCGAAGCUGCAAACGGCAGCAGCUGCAACACUUGCCAUUGGAGGACGAGCCGCCGCAGAUGAGCAGCAGCGGCAAUCAAUCAGCCGAACAAUAUCAUCAAAGACAGAGUGGAUCACUGCAGCAUAUGGACAUGCGAAGCUACAACAAAAGUCAUGAUCAAUACAUCAGCAAUAGCUGCACAGCUUCGAGUCGGUCCAUGACAGACUAUAGCAGUAAUGGCCAUAAGAACCAGAAGAUGCCGAGCAGUAGACACAAACCGACCGCUAGUCAUCGCAUGUAUUACAAUUCACCAUCUGAUUUGGGCAUUUUCCAUGUAUGAAAUCAAAUAGAAUUGUAUAGUAGCUACUGUAUAAUAAACUUGCAUAAACUCUUUAACGAAUAACAAUCAGAAGUGCUAUUCAAAAAAAGCAAUCUAAAGGGCAACUUGUGGAUGUUUUCAAUGAAAAAUAGGCAAAACAAACGAAAAACAAACGAAAAAUGAAAAACAAACAAAAUCUUAUUUGUUUUUGAUAUCAAUUUCUUUGUUCCAGAAAAAAGUUGUUCUCGCAGUUGUGACCAAAAUUAGCCUAGGGCUCUGAAAUCAGCUGAAAAAUGAAGUGUUUUAGUUGGACAGUUAAAAAGCAAUAAAAUAACAAAAGUCGAAUUUUCAAGCAUUAUUUUAUUAAAUUCUGCUUCAAAUUGCAUUGAAGCUAAAGAAAACAAGACUGCCCGUAUAAGACUGCUCGAAACAAUAAUGACUACAGUUUUGUUGAGCUGUAGAGCUUUUCUUUAUCUCUUCUAUUUCUGAUGGGCUCAAUUGCACCGUGAAUUAAAUUUGGCUCUUUUUCCUCCCCCUAUCAGCGAAGUUUUACAA